UUUUCCGUUCAGUUCAGUGUUCUUUUCAACAAUCAAUGAUGUGUAUUUCAUACUCAAGUACCGAGUGCUUUAAAUUUCUAAUUAAAUUGUGAAAUGAUUGGCGUAUUGAUACUAGAUCAUUGCCUGUUUCAGUAUUUCAGUGUUACAAUACGGUCGUAAGCACUUCAUAUCACUUGUUUGUUCGCGAGUACUUGUCUAUUUCGGUAUUUUUUCGAAGCUUGAUUACACUACUGCCGGAACUUGGGCUCGUGUUAAUGUGGGUAUAGAAGACAUAUGUUGCGUUCGCAUUCACUCUUCUGCCGCUCUAUCGUUCAGUUAUUAUUAAAAAAAGUGUAAUAGGUUUGUGUGGCACCGCGACAUCGACACCGGUUAAAUACGCGGGUAUCGCUAACUCGUGGUUUUUUUUUCGCCAUCGCCUCGUAAAAUCCUAAUUCAAAGUAUGUAUUUUGUUCCGUUAAUGACGGUUGAAAGUUCAUGACUUCACGUGCAUGUACCGAACACCUGUUCAAAUAACCAUUUUAUUAUAUCGCAAACGGUUUUCGGAAUUUUGACGAAUUUUCAUUACCACCGCCGUUGUGUUUUCGCUGUGGAAAUACGUUUCAACAAAACUCGGGAUGCGCGGAGAUAAAAGAAGCAGCGACUGCGACUCGGAAGAAGAUGAUAUUUUCGUCGAUCCCGAUUACACCCAAGAAAAACGAUCCAGGAGAAGAACCUUCCUCGCUGAAAGUUUGCAGAGUAUCGAAAAUGUCCGAGGAGAUAGAGAAUCUAGAAAACGAAAAUCUACGGAUUCGACAUCGUCGGAGAAACGAUUGCGAUACGAUGACGACGACGAUUACCUUACUAUGAGAUGUAAACAUUGUCGUCGGUCUAUGAGACAAGCGAAACAGAAUCGUUUCAUCGAGGACGACUUUCCCAAGUCUCAAGACGAGGAGACGUGUUUGCAAAAUGAUUAUCUAAACGUCGUCGUCGAGGAGGGAGAAAAAGCUCAAAUUAAAUUGACUUCGUACUGCGUGUACGAUGAAAAAAAACACAUGUGUUCGUUCGAUAACGACAUUAUCAAAAAUGGAACCGAUCUUUACGCUGCUGGAUACGCGAAACCAAUACACACCGAAAACAGCGAGAUAGGCGAUGGUGUACCGAUGCGAAAAAUCGGCCCGUUAACGUCCUGGUGGAUAACCGGUUUCGAUGGCGGUGAAAAGGCCAUACUGGGUGUAUCGACGGAAUUAGCCGAUUAUUAUCUAAUGAGACCAAAUUCUAAAUUCGAACCUUUUCUAAGAGAUGCCAAUCUUAAAAUGUGUAUGGUGAAAUUGGUCGUCGAAUUUUUAAGGGAAUCUGAAGAAGACGAAUCCACCUACGAUAAUUUACUCUCCAAGUUGCAGGUUACUGUGCCACCGCCAGGAUUUACAACAUUAACGGAAGAAGACCUUCUGACGCAUGCUGAAUCUAUUUACGAUCUGGUAAUAAAUCAAGACGCUCAAUUAGUAAAUGCUCAAUGUAUGAAGCAUCUAGCUCGUUUGGCUGGAAUUUCAUUCGAAGAAAGAUUGACUAAAAUCCGUGUUGUUAAAAGAACUAAAAGAAGCUGGGUGGAAAGAAACAAUGAAAUGACUAAAGCUGCAACGACUAAUUUAGUCCAAAAUGUUUUCGGAUCGUUCUUCCCCGGGCAAAUGGAUAAAAGUUACAGCCAUCACUUGAGUCUGAUAAAAAAAUGUUGCGUAUUGCUGAAUAGGUGUGAUAACUUGUUGAAGAACGGAUUAUUCAAAAUCAACGGCAUUAAGGAAGACGAUAUAAUCGGUCACACUUUGAUAGUUGCUGAUAAUUUACUGCCACGUAAAAAUCCCAACGUUUUGGAUAGAACAAGCUUCGAAUCCACAAACGGGCCGAUUCUACUCAAAGAACUGCGUGUUGUUUUAGAUAAAAUUGAGCCGGAAAAUGAUAACGGAAACACCGCUUUGAACGGAGCCUAUGGCAAGCCAUUUUCUAUUUCAUUAGAAUUAUGGACGGAUGACAUGAUCAAAAAAUAUGUUAAAAGUAUAAAAUCGAAGGAAAAACCUAUAAAAAGAAAAGGCAAGUACACUUUUCGAAACGGUGGAUCCUCGAAUGUCCGCGUCAAAUUUAUCGGUGAAGCGGACCUGGUUCAAGAUGAUCGUUUUUAUUUCAAAGAAGCGAUGGUCUCGGAUCUGUCGGUUCACGUUGAUGAUUUUGUUAGCAUCGGGGAACACUACGACUCGACGAAUCAGAUCGGUCGAGUGAUAUACAUGUGGGAAGAAGAGGACGAAAAGUUAUUCCAUAUUCAUUGGCUCGUAAACAGCACGGAUACGCUUCUUGGAGAUAUCGGUAAUCAGCAAGAAUUGUUUGACACAUACGACUGCGAAGAUUUACCCCUCUCUAUGAUCGAGAAUAAAGUCACAGUAACCUACCUUCCUAUUAAACAUGAAACCUGGGUACAUGCAGGAAAUGGUUCGUUUAACGAAUGGCAAAAUUCGUCUGCAUCGAGCGAUGAAAAUUCUUACAUCUAUCAAAAGCUAUUUGAUGCAACGUUUGGUAGAUUUGAAGAUGUAAUAGAAGUCAGUUCUGAAAACAGGCUGAUCGAUCAUUGUACAUACUGUGAACGUAAUGUUGAGAAGGAAUUAUCGGAAAAGCCGAUGCUGGAUGCCAAUCCCGAGUACAAUAAAACUAUUAGCAAAUACUCUUACAAAUGGUUACGUUGGCGAAAAGAAGAGUUCAAAGUAGGAAGUUGUGUUUUCAUUAAAUCCGGCACACUAUUCUCAGGCAAAGAAAAUAACAAACCCAAGAAAAUUAACACCUUGAAAACUGUUGACGAAGAACGUUAUCCGGAACAUUACAGAAAAGACAAAGAAAGGAGGUACAGCAGGCCCAUCGAAGAUGUGCAUCCAUUUGAUAUUGGUUAUAUUAUGUCAAUUGAAUCGACUAAAAGAACCAGAAAUCCCGAGAAUAUCACGUUGAUCGUGAAAAAACUUUAUCGACCUGAGAAUACCCAUUUAGACGAGCAUAUUAUGAAACACUUGGACUUGAAUUUAGUUUAUUGGACGGACGAAGAAUGCGUUGUGCCGUUCUCAGAAGUAGAAGGAAAAUGUUACGUGGCUAAUUCGAGAAAUUUAUCGUGUACUGCCGAUGAAUGGACUAGAGGAGGUCCCUAUAGGUUCUACUACGAAGAAGAAUACAUUCCCAAGGAAAGGAAAUUCGUUCCAGCUCCUAAAAUGACGACUCGAGACGUUAAAUGCAACGGAAUCCGUCCCAAGUCUAAUUCGUUGGAGAGAAUUAUCGAAGAAAUUCCGAAGCCGUGGCCUUCUCUGUCGAGGCCUUUGCAUUCGUUGGAUAUAUUUGCCGGAUGUGGUGGGCUUACCGAAGGCUUACAUCAGGCAGGAAUCGCGGAAGUCCAUUGGGCUAUUGAAAAAGAAGAUGCCGCUGCUCACGCUUUCAGAUUGAACUAUCCUAAUGCGAAAGUAUUUGCGGAUGAUUGUAACAAGUUAUUGAAAAUGAUUAUGACUGGCCAGACGAGAAAAGACGGUCAAGCUUUGCCUCAGAAAGGGCAAGUGGAGUUGUUAUGCGGUGGCCCACCCUGUCAAGGAUUCAGCAGGAUGAACCGAUUUCACGAUAGGCAGUACUCUGCCUUUAAAAAUUCGUUGGUCGUCUCGUUUCUAUCGUACGUUGACUACUUUCGGCCUCGUUACGUGAUCAUGGAAAACGUGCGGAACUUCGUUAUCUUCAAGAAGAACACGGUGCUCAAGUUGACCUUGAGUUGCUUACUCAAAAUGGGAUAUCAGUGCACAUUCGGUGUACUUCAAGCUGGACAUUUUGGAGUACCUCAGAACAGAAGAAGGGCGAUAAUUUUAGCCGCUGCUCCCGGUGAAAUUUUACCAAAGUACCCCGAACCUACCAAUUCUUUCGAAGAAAAUGCCAUUACAGUUCUGGUUGAUGGUCAAAAGGUUACCACUAAUGUGAACUGGGAAUCAUCUGCUCCGUACAGAAAGCUGAGCGUAUACGACGCUAUCAGUGAUUUGCCAACUAUACCAAGUGGAGGUGAUCCUGAAAAUUGCGAAAUGUCGUACAAAGCCGAAGCAAAAACACAUUUUCAAAGAAUGAUGAGAAGAUCGAACGAUAUUCUGAGAGAUCAUGUGAGCAAAACUAUAAAUCCGUUGGUCGAAAAGCGUAUCACGUUCAUACCGAGAGUACCCGGAUCCGACUGGAGGGAUUUACCCAACAUCGUAGUUACCCUACCGGAUGGUUCUAAAACGAAGAAACUGGUUUACACUCAUCACGACAUCCAAAUGGGUAAAUCGAAGAACGGUGAACUGCGAGGUGUUUGCCCUUGCGCUGCGGGAAAAAAAUGCGAUCCAAAGUAUCGACAAUUGGAUACGUUGAUUCCUUGGUGUCUUCCUCAUACCGGAAACCGUAAUCAUCAUUGGAGCGGACUUUAUGGUAGAAUCGAAUGGGACGGACAUUUCAAGACAGUUAUUACGAAUUUAGAUCCUUUAGCUAAACAGGGCAGAGUCCUUCAUCCGGAGCAGGAUCGAAUUGUGUCAGUUCGUGAAGUAGCCCGAUCGCAAGGCUUCCCUGAUAAAUUUAGAUUUUUCGGUACUACUCAGGAUCGAUACAGACAAAUCGGUAACGCUGUACCGCCUCCUUUAGCAGCAGCCCUAGGUCGUGAAAUCGCUAAAUGUGUUGCCGAGGUUGAAAAACGCUCACCUAAAAAGACUGAUGAAGAUUAACCCGACCAUCUUUGUUUUAUAUACGAUUGAUUUUUAAAAUUUUUUUGAACCUUGUUAGACGGAUAUUCGUUAUGAUGAUUUUAAUUUGUAUACUUCUAUAUAUUUGUUAUGAAAUGAUGCAGUGGCCGGAUCCGUAAAACUUUGAACUUUUUAACCUUUGUAAAUUUUAAACGUGUACCUGAGGUCUCAAUGAUGUACCGAACAGCAUCGGGCUUUUUAAAAGACUACCUCAAAUGUUAUCUUUCAGCGAAACGUGUGACUUUUUUUUCGUGUUCAUAAUUGAAUUAAGAUUUAUUAGUAGGUAGUUAAUCGUCAACGCGACGAUAUUAUUGUUGAAAUUUUUUUAAUGGAAUUUUAGACGUAGCGAAUUCGACGCCUAAUUUUUUUUGUGUUUUUUUUUUUUUUUUUUUUUGGAAUUUGCCGUGUACAUUCCUUUUUUUGACAUGCCAGUAUUUAAUACCGACGUUAACGUGUUCAUUUUUAUGACUAGAUUAGAAAAAUGUAACCGCUAAAAAGUAAAAACGUGCGUCAUGUUUUUUUAUACAUAUAUUUUUUUCCUUCACAAUCCCUUCCUCCUAAUUUUUUUAAAUUUUUUUUUUGCAAUUGGUUAAUCACGGUGCGUGUAGUUGAAUAAACUUUUUCCCGAAUUUUUUGAAAAAAAUAUAUUGUGUUCAUUUUAAAAUUGAAAAUAUUUCCCGGCUGUUCAUUA